UAGGGAGGCGUGUGUGACAUUUGCUGCUGUAAGCUAGGAGCCGGAUAAAAAUGAACUGAGGCAGGAAAUAAAGUAUUUUUUUUUUCUUUUUAGCAACUAGUUUGACUUUUUCUUUGGAUUUUGUGGUCCUUCCAGCGUUAGAAGAGACAGUUUAGAGGGAAGGAGAAAACUUCUACUUUGGCCUGACUCGUUUUUAUUAUCGGCUAGCGCUUUUUACUUAACUUGUACAGUUCGGAGUUAGAACUGUUCUCGUUUCCAUGGAUGUUUCUGACACGUUGAGAUAAUUCCCGUAACUUAAUGUUGUUUUCUUUUUCCGGUGCUGCAGCUUAAGCUGAGUUUGCGAACUGCUUUUCUCGCCUACAAGGGUACAUUUUUGCCUCCUUCUGCAGCUUUCUCACUUUCCUAUGCUGACCUCUCGGGGCAGGUGUGUUGAAAGUAGGCCAGGUGUGCGGUGGUACAGAUAGGGUACGUUGUAAUAUAAUCACGGUGCGUGGUACUGGUCCAACAGCCGACUUCAGGGAUUUGUAAAAGAGGUGCCACCAUGCUGCUCUCUCUUGUUGUGCACACAUACUCGCUGCGGUACUGGUUUCCUGCCACCAUCAUGCUGGGUACAGCCCCAGCAUACGUUCUGUCAUGGGGGAUCUGGCGGUUACUUUCCACCGUCUUACCAGCAAGGUUUUACCAUAAAUUAGACGACCGACUGUACUGCAUUUACCAGAGCAUGGUCCUGUUCUUCUUUGAAAACUAUACAGGGGUUGAGAUAAUUAUAUAUGGAGAUAUACCAAAGAAUAAAGAGAACGUCAUCUACCUUUCUAAUCAUCAAUGCACAGCUGACUGGAUUAUCGCCGACAUGCUGGCCAUCAGACAAAGUGCCAUCGGUCAUGUCAGAUACGUCCUAAAAGAUGGACUCAAGUGGCUCCCGUUGUACGGCUGGUAUUUUUCACAGCAUGGGGGAGUCUUUGUGAAAAGAAGUGCAAAGUUUAAUGAAAAGGCCAUGAAGAGGAAGCUUCUCAGUCAGACUCGAUGUGGAGCUCCAAUGUACCUUGUCAUUUUUCCUGAAGGAACUCGGUAUAAUCCAGAGCUGAAGAAUGUUAUCACCGACAGUCAGAAGUUUGCUGAGAGAGAAGGACUGGCUGUUCUGAAGCACACUCUCACACCCAGGGUGAAGGCGUCUCACCUCGCCGUUGACAUCAUGAAUGAAAGUCUAGACGCCGUAUAUGACGUCACAGUAGCUUAUGAGGGAACGCUGGACGACUCCGGUCAGAGGAAACCCGCACCUUCGAUGGCAGAAUUUCUAUGCAAGGAAUGUCCCCGCAUCCACAUCCACUUCGACCGCGUGGACAUCAAGGGAAUCCCAUUAGAGCCCGAGCUUUUCCGCAGGUGGAUGCACAACCGCUUCGAAAUGAAGGACCGGAUGUUGACAGAUUUCUACGAAUCAGAGGAUCCGGAUAAAAAGUGCAGAUUCCCCGGCGAGGGCAGAAUCUCUCCACUGAACCUCUCCAAGUCCCUUCCCUCUGCGCUAAUUUUGGGAGGGCUAACACUGCCAAUGCUGCUGACGGAGAACGGCAGAAAACUUUACGUGAGAACCUGGGUUUACGGGACACUGCUGGGCUGGCUCUGGAUGAACAUUUCUCCCUAAAAGCUGUAGGGGAGACGACUGCCAUGGUGAGACACGGGGAAGACGCGGAGAGAGGGGCUCCUUUCCUGCAUCGCAGAAACGCUCAGUGUGUUUCAGAUGCAGAGCCGCACCUGAUCAGAUCCAAGAGUGUUCGACUGUCCAGCUGUUGACCGGAGACACUGAGAAAUACUUGAACCUUUAUGUAAAAAAAAAAAUAUAUAUAUAUAUAACAGAUUUAUUGCAACAUCAUACAUUUCUCAAAAUUUAAAUAGAACAAUAUCCUGAUGUUAUUAGAUUUUGCCAAAUUAGCAUGCAGUUUUUCCAUCAAUCUUUGGCAAUAUUUAAAGAUCAUGUUAUUUUUUAAAAGCCAAGUGAGCUGGUUACCUAAACAACAAAAAACAAGUCAUAACUUAAGUGCACUGACUAGUCAGUACCAGUUGUAAUGCUUUUAAGCCAAGUCCCAUAUCUGGAGGAUUAUGCACUUUUAUCACACAAAGUGAUGUUUUUACACUGGCAGAACAAAACAGCGCACAGCUCCCCCCCGUGGGGGUCCAUGAACACGACACCAGCCGCUCUGUUUACCGUACUUAAAUAGUCACGCUGACGUCCUUUUUUAAAAUUUUGUCUUAUGACUUCGAAUGUAGCGCUAAAUUCACAUUUAUUCAUGCAAAUGUGAAGAAGCUGAGAAUGCAAUCUGCUGGGUUGUUUCUGAGCACAGUUCUUUGUCAUGGAGCUCGCGUGGAAGAAUGUGCGCCGACGAUGCAAAAUGUGUUCUACCAGUGUAAAAUAUUACUCAAACCUUUAAAGUGUCAGUCGUUGCCAAAAGCUGGUGUUUGCCAUAGUGUCGUGUGGAGAGCGUCUUUGUGUGUUGUACGUGUUUUGUUUUUAGCUCAGACUUACAGAUUCAGAUUUGCUUCCGUCUUCUUUUCUUUUAUUUCAGUAAAGUAACCAGUUUCAUUACAUUUAUUACACCACCUUAUAGUUCAUGUGAAAGUAUCUACCUAACAAAAUGCUGACAAAGCCAUGAUACCAGUAUAUAUUGCAGGUGCACUGAAAGCCAUUUGUAUUAUCACAUCAUUGUAUUAAGAAAUGCACUUUGUCCAUUGUUGUUUACUAUAAGAGAAAACCAUUGCAUUUUCCACUUAUCACUUUUUCUGUAAGCAGUCUUGUCCUCUACUGUUAAUCUUUUGUGUUUUCUUCAUCUUAGUACAGCAAUCGCAUCGUUUUUACAUGCCGCUCUGAUACCUCACUUGAAUAAUCCUUCCUUUAAAAAAAAAAAAAAAUCCUUGUCAGCCAUUUUAUACUCAUUUUUAUCCUGACAAGAGCGGACUUGUAACAUCGUCAGGAAACUCUGUAGACGGUAUUUAAAUGCCAUCAGUUUUUUGGAAACGUGUGCCUUCUCUUUUGGGGGGCCACAGUGGCUCUUCUCCACCAGGUGACUGCACCGGUCCGCUUUGCUGGACUCGACUCUGACAGCAGCUUGUGGUCAUGUUGUCUACAGCUCAUAGUGGCUUUUUUUGCUCUAAAAAUGCUUUGAUUUAUACUUUUUUGAAGACUAUUAUUAAACAAUGAAACCUGUAACGUGCUUUGAGGUGUGGAACCUUGGGGUCAGAUGGAAAUAAAGAUUUUUUUUUUUUUCUGGGGAAUUA